CUCUGACUGUGGACGAGAGGUCUUUAGGCACUUUUUUGUGCAUAUGUUUCAUAAAUAUCACAACGGUGAAGAGAAGGAACUUACUGAAAAGAAGGACAGUAGGUUUGUCCACAUUCUUUAUACUGUAUGUUGGUUCAUCAAUUAAACCUGAGUUGCUCGAUACUUACACAAAAUGAGGUUAUAGUGGCCAUAAAAACUCAUAAAGUUCCAGAGAGAUCAAACACACACACAGAAAAAAACCAUUAGAUGGCUAAAAAUGAAUAAAUGAAAAAAGUUUUUACAACGUUUUAAGAAAGUUUAGCAAGUCACAUACAGUGACGAUGAUAAAAUGCCCCUUUAAUGUUACUGCAAGAACAUUUUUAAAACUUUGAAGAGACAUUUUAGCCUAAGUUACCUGUUUCACACUUUAUUCAGAAGAUGUUUGUGUUUGGUUAUCUCCUCUGUGCUCUUAAAGGCACAGUGUCCCCUAUUAACGGCAGUGGGGUCUUUUAGUUUAAAGGGUCAAGGACAAACUGAUCUUUUAUAAAUGACAUGAUGCUUCCUUUAUUUGUUUCCUCUGUCAAGAAAUUGCGUUGUGAUGCUGUAGGAUGGAGGAGGGUUUAUGGUUUUACAACUCUCCGUCUAAAGUUCACAGCAUAAAAUGAGCUCACAGAACACACACCUUGGUCAUUUUGUGUCUUCUGAACACCGGUGGACCUGUUUUCUGUGUGUGUUGUGGGUUUAGUUGUCGAUCAUGUCGAUUGCGGUUGAGCUGGUGGGGUUUUUGAUGUGUGUUGGGGGCUGGCUGCUCACAGCUGUGUCGCUGGCGAACGAUUAUUGGCGUCUGUCGUCCGUCUCGGGCAGCGUGAUCAUAUCUGUGCGGCAGUAUCAGAACCUGUGGCAGUCGUGUGCCGAGGGCAGCACUGGGGUCUCCAACUGCAGGACGUUUCAAUCUUUACUGGCACUGGAUGGAUACAUUCAGGCAUGUCGGGCUAUGAUGAUAAUCGCUCUCAUUCUGGGUUUGUUGUCCAUCAUUCUCGCUUUACUGGGACUGAAGUGCACUAAACUUGGCAGCACGUCUGAGAGCACUAAAGGCAAAAUGGCUCUUACAGCAGGAGUGCUGUUCAUCCUCUCCGGUCUGUGUGUUCUCGUGGCAGUAUCGUGGUACGCAGCUCGUGUCGUUCAGGAAUUUAAUGAUCCUUUUUAUGGAGGCACAAAGUUUGAGCUAGGCACUGGGCUGUAUCUGGGCUGGGCGGCAGCAGCGCUUGUGAUGUUGGGUGGUGGAUUUCUCUGUACCUCCUGUAAAUCGAAUCCAGCACCUGCACAAACACGGGGUUACAGUUAUAACUACACAUCACAGCCGCAGAAGAUCUACACAACAGAAGCGCCAUCAGAUUACAGCAGUUCCAAAGCUUACGUCUAACUGUGUCCAUUAUCAUUUUUCACAUUUUGGUGUUAUUACAGGCCACGCAUUGAAGGGUUUUAUCUGUUUGUUUAUUAUUUUGUCUUAUCACGGGCCUUUUACAUUGGGAUGUUAUAUAGUUAAGAUGUGCAGGAGAUGAUCAAAUGGAUAAUCUUAAAUCCAAUCUUAACAAAAAUCACCAUUCUGAUUUUUGUGUUCUCCAAUGUUCUAGAUCAGGUUGUAUCCCAGAAACACUUAUGACACCUCAUGUCUCAAAAACUACUCAUGUCUACUUAGUCAAAAAAAUUAGUUGAAGUUAAUAGUAAAUAGUUUUUCUCACAAUUGUUUCUGUAACAACUCAAAUCUGCUCAGCUUGUAAUAUGUGUGCCAUUGGAGUGUAUUGAGGGCCUGUAUUUUUUAGUAUUUGCUUCUAAACCAGAGCAUGUCAAAUUUGUAAGAAUUAUCUUAGUAUGUUAUAUAAAUGUUACAUUGACACUUUGUAAUCUUGAGUUUUAAGAGUCUUGUCCAUUUGUAGAAAUUUAAUGAAGUCAUUUAUAUGUUCUGUUUAAUAGUGCCAUUUAUAUGAAUUAAACAUACAUGUGUUAAAGUU